CUUGCACAUCAGCUUGCCAUGUUUAACCCCGAGUACGAGGGUCUUCUUGUCAGUCGACUCCGACAGCCUUCAUCAUUGAAGGGUGUUCUUGGCUCCACUCUGGAGAAGCAAAUGAGGGCUUGGAUUAUUGAUCCCAUGCACAAACUCUUAUCUUUGGGUGAGGAGCGCUUCGUCAUCAUCUUGGAUGGACUAGACGAGUGUGGGACUCAGGAGGAACUUACGUCCCUGAUGAAGCUAGUACUUAUCCUUGAUGAGCUGCCUGCCGCAUUUGCCGUAUUAGUCAGCUGUCGGCCAGAGUCAUCUGUUGUGUCAGCUUGGGUUAAAGCUCGAGCUCAGGGUUUUGUCAUACCCUGUGAAGACGUAGACAUUGUCGCUGAGGAAGAGAAGUUCCACACUGUCCACCGCAUGGUGGAGGAAGGCCUUCGGGAUUGCAUCGAUAACUCUUCCUGGAAACCAUCAAAAGAAGAACUUGAUGCGUUUGUCUCAGCAUGUCGUGGAUUGCCGAUUAUCGCUUCAAUCCGGGUCCGGGAUGUCUGCCUUCAAACUCAUCGUGGUGCAACUCUUCAAUCCGAAGUACCUGCGUGUGCUUCGCCGUGCCUACAUGGUCGGCUCAUCUGGAGUCCGUAAACAUAUAGCUGAGAAGUAUCGCCAAGUGGUUGCCACAAUCAAUGCGGCAUUCAAGCCACUCAGUGUGUUUUUUAUAUCGCAGCUGUCAGGAAUUGCCGAGGGAGAGGUUCUAGCCAUAUUGGAACCGAUUCGCUCAAUUGUUGAUCUUUCCUCAAGAAGUGGCCUGGAACGUUUUUUGGACGCUCCUCCAGAAAGUUUCUCAGAGGAAAUGCAGGGCGUCAAAUUCUAUCAUGCAACGAUGAAAGAGUUUAUAACGGGGAACUCGAUUGGUGGUGAGAAUGACCAAGUAUUCUUUAUCAAGGAUGCGAACAAGUAUUUUAUCGGACUGCCACUCCUCCGAUUUUUCAAUAAGAGUUGUGAGCAGGAUGCAUUUGGGUUGCCUGUCAUUCUCCCUUUAGGAGACAAGCAGAAAUGGGAAGAUUUUUCGGAGAGAAAACGUCAUCUCCCUCAUCAUCUUCGAUAUACUCAUAUAUACUUAUUAGACCACUUAGACCCCUCACAACUCUUUGCACAAGAGUCCAAUUUGCAGAACGAGUUUAAUACAUUCCUCACGCGAAACCUGGUUACAUUUAUGCACCUGGUGCCACUCCGUGAACCGCGCAAGGAAUUCCCUGAUGGAUUUGAUGAACUCGAGAAGCUCGAGAAAAGCAAUUUGUGUUUUAUCGGAAUGUGAUUUCCUUGUCACCAUGGCAUCUCUAUCGAUCAACUCUUCCUUUCACCCCAUCCUCAUCACCUUUGUACAAAUUGUACGGCCACCUCACUGAUCCUGUCCGGAUCUUCACCAUUUCUGG